GUGUGGUCUUAAAACACAAACACAGCUUAUAUGCACCAUUAAUGGCGUUUUGUGUCCAUUUUCUGGCAAAUGGGAUUUGUUUCAAAGAGAAAAGCAUUUGGGGAAAAACACUUGGGUGAUUCAAAGUCUCCCAGGUUGGCAAUAGAUGAAAAAAUAAAAAAUGGCACCAUGCUGACAUUUGUAAAGUGUUGCAGCUCUGAGCUAUAUAAUAAAACUAUGGAACGCAAUUAAAAUCAGAGUUUUGGCAGAUAGACUCCCAUUAUAAUUUAUAUUUGUUGAUGCACUGUAAACCUCAUGUGUUAUAAUGCAUUUCCGGUGAUUUCCGCUUCAGUCCAUUCAGUGGUGAAAAACAGGAGAAAGUGAAAAUUGUGUUGAAAAUGUUUACACACACAAUCCACUGGGUGGCGACACAGACUAACUAAUGAGUUUUGCUUCUUUGUGCAAUGAGUGCACAAUCGUGCAAAAUGAAUGUCAUGAAAACUGUCCGGAUUGCUAGAAUAGGUGUGUGUGUGUGUGUGUGUGUGUGUGUGUGUGUGUGUGUGUGUGUGUGUGCAUUGCUGGGUGAAGUUAUUUUGCAAAAUAAAGUGUUAUUUGCAAUUUGUGCAUUUGAGUAUGCGCGUUUGUGUGUGCAGAAUCUGCAGGUGCGUCAACUUCAAAUGGCUGAUCUGCUUGGGGGAAUUGUAUUGAAUUGUACUUUAUUUAUCCGACAGCGGGGAAAUUCACUUGUUACAGCACAAGCAAGAUACGCAAGUAAAGAAUACAUAGUGACAUAGUGGCUACAACAUGGUUCAGGUGGUGCAGGUGUUGUAGAGCCUGACAGCGGUCGGUAUGAAGGACCUGCGGAACCUCUCCUUCUUACACCGUGGGUGUAACAGUCUGCUGCUGAAGGAGCUGCUAAGGGAACCCACAGUGUCAUGUAGCGAGUGAGAGGUGUUGUCCAUGAUGGAUGUCAGCUUAGCCAACAUCCUUCUCUCCCCCACUUCCUCCACGGAGUCCAGAGGACCGUCCAGGACAGAGCUCGCUCUCCUUAUCCGUCUAUUGAGCCUGCUCCUGUCCCUGUCCGCGCUACCCCCUCUCCAGCAGCCCACAGCAUAGAAGAUGGCUGAGGCCACCACAGCUGGAAUGCUUUGAUGUUGCUAAUUCAAAUCUAUUGGUCCAGCGUUUGAAUCUGAUCCUCCCCCUCCCUCUUCCUAUUGGAUAGCGGUGUUUUGAACGACUUAGCAACUUUGCUCAGCAUUUCCCAAUACAGCUCUCGUUUGUAAAACAGCUUUCGCACGUACAACGAUAACGAUGAAUCGAUGCUUCGCAGCCGAAGAAGUUCGAGGAUUGGUCAUGGAGGAUGGAGAGGAUUUUUCCGAUGCCUCUGAUCAGGAUUUUAUCCCUGACUUUCGGUCCGAUGAGUCGGAAGAUGAGUUGGAGGAGCACGAAAGUCCGGAUGAUGAUGACGACGACGACGACGAGGAGGAGGAGGGCGAGCAGAACGAGAAGGUAGUUGAUGUGUCGAAGAAUUGGAGAUCAAAAAAUGGCAAAAUUAUGUGGUCAGCUACUCACGAUGUUGCCAGACAUUACAUCCCCCCGGCCAUUCCAUUGCCGGGUCCAACAUGCUACGCCACAGCCAGGAUCAGCAGCCCCGAGUCGGCUUUCAAUUUGUUUUUUACCGAGGACAUGAUCAAUCUUAUUGUUGAGAUGACAAAUAUACAAGGAAACCGUGCGAAGUCUGGGUGGACGGCGAUGACCGCGCAAGAGAUGAGGACCUAUUUAGGGCUUUUGAUCCUGUCUGGAUUAUAUAAAUCAAGACACGAGGCAACAAGCAGCCUGUGGAACAAGACAACUGGUCGCACAUUUUUUGCAGAGGCAAUGGGGCAUACCAGAUUUGUGCAUAUAAAUAGGAUGUUGCGAUUUGAUGACAACCUACGGAAGACACAGCCACAUAAUGAAACGAAGAUGUCGCCUAUUCUGGAACUGUGGAGGAAGUGGAACAGCCUUCUGCCCCGCUUGUUCAAUCUUGGCAGGGACGUCUGUAUUGAUGAGCAGCUCAUUGCAUUCAAGGGCCGCUGCUCCUUCCGGCAGUACAUGCCCUCAAAGCCGGCCAAAUAUGGCCUUAAAAUCUGGGCAUUAUGCGAUGUCAACACCGCAUAUGCCUGGAAACUUGAUGUCUACACAGGCAAGCCACUUGGGGGACGGCGGGAGAAAAACCUGGCCAUGCAGGUAGUGUUAAGGUUGUGUGAUUCUCUUGAGGGUCACACCCUCACAACUGAUAAUUUUUUUACAUCAUUCACCCUGGCUGAUGAACUAAAAAAAAAAAAAAUGUCCUUGGUUGGAACACUAAGGAAAAACAAGGCCGAAAUUCCUCUGCAGCUCCUCAAGCAUCAAGACAGAGCACUCCUUUCAAGCCUCUUUGCUUUCACCAAAGACAAGUGUUUGGUCUCUUACUACCCAAAAAAAGGCAAGAACGUGCUUAUGCUUAGCACAAAGCACAGGGAAGCGCAAGUUGAGGACAGCAGCAAGAAAAAACCUCAAAUUAUUCUUGACUACAACAGGUGCAAAGGAGCUGUAGACCACCUGGACCAGGCGUGUGCCACCUACUCUGUUCGCCGGCGGGCACAGAGAUGGCCAAUGUGCCUGUUUUAUCACAUGGUGGACGUGUCGUGCUAUAAUGCUUUCGUGCUCUUCACUGAAAUCAACCCGGAUUGGAACCCAGGAAAGCUGAACAAGCGGAGACUUUUCCUUGAAGAACUUGGUAUGGCACUUAUUGAGCCAGAAAUGUUGCGCAGAGGGCCACUAAAAACCCAAGGCUUGCAGACUGCAGAGGCCACACCUGGACCUGCACCAAAGAGAAAGCAGUGUGGACUUUGUGACAACCCACUGAGAGCGUGCAAUGUCUGCUCUAAAUGCGGCAUAUCAGUCUGCCGAAAGCACAUGAGGCCGAUUUGCAUGAAUUGUUAGAAAGAAAAAAAAAAGUUGUUUAUUGUUCAUGUUCAUUCACGUUCAAAAAGUUCACCAUUAGUUUAUUGUUCAUGUUUACAUUCAUGUUGUUCAUUAUUUGUUGGUUGUUUAUCAAUUUUGUUAAACCUGUAUGAUGGUAACACACUACUGUAUACUCUUGUUAUUUUCUUUUUUGCUACUUUGUCUGAGAAAGAGUUGAACCUCUGAGGUCCAGUCAGUCUAAAUUCAAAGUCUAACAAUGUUUUACCGUAGGAAAUAAUGUAAAUAGAAACAACUGUCCCAGGGUCAGACUGUGGCCAUCGUGUCCAUACUUUUUCCACCAAGGGCUGCGUACUGAAAAAUUAUGGUAUGCGUUUUUUAUAUAUACGUUAUUUAUAACAUACAUGUGUUUUAUAUGCCUAUAUAUAUAAUGUUUUGUGUAUAUACAGUAGUUUUCAAAAUAGUAGUAGAAGAAGAACAAGAAGCCAACUAAUUACACGUUAAUCGAGGGAAAGGC